AUGGCAUCAGCUCCCAAGGCAGAGGCCCUGGCAUUCUCAUAUUCAUCACCGGUCGUCGCGCCGACUGCUCAGUGCCUGCCCAUUGCAAGCGACGAAGGCUCCAGGCUCGCCCUACCCGCCGAGCUCGGGCGCACUCAAUCUACGGGCUCACCUACCCGAGCGACUUUCUUCGGUCAGGCUGCCCCGGGCAGUCCCCUGCAGCGGCCAUCAUAUAGAAGCGACUUUGGCAAAUCGUUCUUGCGCGAGCAGACGCUUGCAGCAGGAAAGACUACCCGACCAGUAUCAGUGUCACGCAGCCCUUACUAUCCUAAUGUGCGAACUGGCAAAUUCAACUCGGCUCACUACCCGCAGUCCUCGUCUGCCAUUGACUCUGACUCGUCAGUAUCCGACUCGGACUCGCCCAUCAGCCUUCGCCUGAAAGCGGGGCGCAACUCCUCGGCAUACAGCUCCGUGGCAUCUCGUGAUAGGCCGGUGAACAAGCGCCCGAGCGCUGUGCCGCCCGAUCAUGCCGCCGAAUGUGAGAUCAGCCGACGCGGGCGACUCUUAUCGAGCGCAGCUGUUGCAUUGCACCUUUGUGCUGCUCUCUUAAUGAUCGUUGCAAGCAAAUGGGUCCUCACCCGCACUAAUGUCCCAUUUACAUUUCUCUUUGGCCAGCUACUCAUCCCUGCAAUGCUCAUGAAAGGACUCGCUUUGACUGGUCGGAUAAAGCUGCCGGCUAUCACAAAAUCGGCAUUUGAGACGAUGACCCCGUCAGUGAUCUGCAGUCUGCUAACGCUGCUCGCCAACACGUUUUGCCUUCAAGCGGUCGAUCUUGGCUACUUUCAGAUUGCGCGUGGUCUCACGCUACCCCUGACACUCACUCUGGCCGUCUUCGGCUCUGAUGUGAGCUCAGUGAGCGCACAAACAAUGACGGGCGCAAGACGACUGCCGGUACGAUACUCGACACUAGCCGUUCUAGGUGCAUCAAUAGUAUCAGCCGGAUAUAUAUCAGGGACGUACGCCCGGCCCGUCAAUGUUCAAUCGUUCGCCAUAGGGCUCGGCCUCGCCAGCUCGACGCUGACUGCAUACCAAACGGUCAAUCUCAAGCGCAAGCUACGUCACGCAGGUCUGACUGGUCUCGAGACUGUCUACUUUGGCAACCUGUUCUGCGCUGCCGCCAUGGCGCCUCUACUUCUGGUCAACAUGGAAUAUGCAGUCGCUCGCGAAAUGUAUCUCGAAGGAGGCCAUCAGCUCAAUGUCUUCUUGCUAGGCACGAUGACAUGUGGUCUCUGCGCUUUCGUGACCGCGAUGAUCAGCGCAUUCUCGAGCAAGAUCAAUGUGUCUACAUACCAGCUCACCGCCACGAUCAUUCGUACUAUCCUUCAGACACUGAUCGGCAUAAAGGCCUUUGAUGAGCAACUGACCGAUGAUCGAGCCAUCAGUUUGGCUACUAUCGUAACCGGCGUCGCACUAUACAGUGUUGCAGCCAAUCGCAAUAAUCCGCAAGCUCAAGAGCAAGGCGAUCGACAGCGACUGAUCAAUCGCGAUUCACUGAGCCGGAGGUCGAUUGCUCGCUUACGCACGUUCAUCGCGCCAAUGUCGCCCACGCUCUUCAACGCGUCGAUCAUGUUCACACCGAUCGACGAGAAGUCUGGCUUCUACGCGGACAAGUCGUGCACAUUCUACGAUGACGCUCAAGAGAAGCUCAUCUAUAACAUCGUCUAA